GGAGCGCGGCGGAGCAGACCAGCGCGGGGCCGAGAGCCGGGACGGCCGGCUCUCCGCAGGCCCCGGCGGCCCGGGCGGCCCAGUCUAUCCCCAGUGUCCUAAGACGGUGGAUUCUUGGGACUCUACGCCCGCGUCGCUGGGUCUCUUUCUCCCCUUCGCGCCGUGCCGGCGCUGCGAGGGCUCAGUCCCUGGAAAGCGACGCCCCGUCUGGUUCGCGCGAGCCCCCUGUGGGUGCGAUCAGGGGCUCCGACCCCCGGGGCUCCGCUCCAUCUUCCCAGGAAAAAAGGAGUCUCCCAGCCUUGGGAAACGAUGACCCACUUGUGUUUGGCAGGCGACCACCCGCCUCCGGUUCAGGCAGCUGUUGUGGUUGUUAAGCCACCCCUUUCACGAAAAUUGAUGAGUCUUUUCUCCCCAAGAUUUCUCAGUCAACUCUUGGGAGUGUCCUUUUUCUAAACGAAACCGAUUUCUUCUAAUAGUUGACUCAAGCUGGCUUGAAUUAGAGUUUGGUCCCUGAUUGUUCUGGCCGCUGCAUGUAAACCCUCUGAAAGCAGGGACCGUGUCUGGGCCCUCUUUGUGACCUCUCCUUGUAUAGCGGGCAGAGUUUGGUGUAGAGUCAGCAUGUAGUGAGUGUUGGGCGAGUUGAACUGUUUGGUGAAAGAACUGGUCUAGAACCACUAACCAGAAUCUCGUUCUUUUUCCUGGAAGGACGUGAUGCUGCCUGAGGCGUGAACGCAACCUGGGGAACCGAAUUCGAGAAAACCCUGCUUGUGUCUGCAGUAUCAACUUGGACUCCUCCGGUUGUUCAGGGAUGGAGAAUCUUCAGCAGCGUUGACUGUAUUACUGUCAACGUAUGAGAUGGCUUCUUCGCAAAAGAAAGGGCUGCAGGCAAGGAUCCUCAGUUCUGAAGAAGAGGAGAAACUGAAAAGAGACCAAGCUUUAGUGUCUGAUUUUAAACAACAAAAACUGGAAAAAGAGGCUCAGAAGAACUGGGACCUUUUUUACAAAAGAAAUAGUACUAAUUUCUUCAAAGAUAGACACUGGACCACCAGAGAGUUUGAGGAGCUCAGAUCAUGUAGAGAGUUUGAAGAUCAAAAAUUGACUAUGCUUGAAGCUGGCUGUGGGGUUGGGAACUGUUUAUUCCCACUUUUGGAAGAAGAUCCGAAUAUCUUUGCCUAUGCCUGUGAUUUUUCUCCAAGAGCAGUUGAAUAUGUUAAGCAAAAUCCUUUAUAUGACACAGAAAGAUGCAAGGUAUUCCAGUGUGAUCUAACUAAAGAUGACCUUCUGGAACAUGUGCCCCCAGAGUCUGUGGAUGUUGUCAUGUUGAUAUUUGUGCUCUCUGCUGUUCACCCUGAUAAGAUGCACCUUGUCCUACAAAACAUUUACAAGGUGUUAAAACCAGGCAGAAGUGUCUUGUUUCGUGACUAUGGGCUGUAUGAUCAUGCCAUGCUUAGGUUUAAAGCCGGCAGCAAACUUGGAGAAAACUUUUAUGUUAGACAAGACGGAACCAGAUCGUAUUUUUUUACUGAUGAAUUCCUGGCUCAGCUCUUUGUGGACUCAGGUUAUGAAGAAGUGGUGAGCGAGUAUGUGUUCCGUGAGACGGUGAAUAAAAAAGAAGGCCUGUGUGUGCCGAGAGUUUUCCUUCAGAGCAAAUUCCGAAAGUCUCCAAAGAACCCACUUCCUGUGACCGUGGGCCUAGGUCACGAGUCCUGACCUUUCCCAGGUUGACGUUUGUGCCACUCCUUGAAGAAGAAAGCUUAAAGUCACUCUUUAUAUAUUUUUAUAUUUUAGCUUUUUAAAAUGAAUAUAUAUAAUUUUUGUAUUAAAAAGUAGCGUGUGUGUGUGUGUUAUAGAAAUGCAAAUUGCAAGGCCUGAAAAGUAAAGAAAAUUUUAUGGUAUAUCGUAAUUUAGCCAUGUUGUCCAACUGGAAAAUUCCAUGAAGGAAAGCUUAGGGACUCUGUAGCACUUAAGGAGAUCCUUGUCAUUACGGCGAGUCUCUAAGUGUGUCUCCAGACAGCAUGUCAGACAAUUCUUAGAAAAAUGAGGCCAAAUAGACUAAAAUAACACAUCUAUAUGUAUUUUUAGCCUGAAGGGUUGUUCUCCUCUUUUUCCAGUGGCUCGUUUUUGCCCGUUUUUCUCCACUUCAGUUCAUUUAUGUACCCUUUCAAGACCAGUGUUCCACAAAUACCACUUUAGCUUUGUCUCAAGAACCCACCGUGGCUCCCUGCCUAAUUCUUGAGACCCUCUAUAAUUGGGCUGGUCCCUGGCCACACUGCCCUAGGGAGUGGGGGCAGGCCACCACCUAUCCUCCCCAUCUGCCCAAUGCAGUUUCUCCAGGAAUACAGCGGAUGGACUGUCCCAACUCUCUACUGGGAAAUGAGGAAGCAGUGGCUGGGAGGUAAAUGACUGGCAUGGCCAAAAUUAUGUAGCUAGUGUGGAGGUGGAAUAUGGGAAAGUCUUUCGAUUGGUCUCCUGACCCGUUUCACAGGCAUUCCAUAUAAUGACUUGACUUGAUGAAACAAAAUCAGAGUUCUUUUGGCCUGUUAGCAAAAGUUGAUCCCA